GACGUCGGUGCCAUAUAAAGUAAGAGGAGGAGGAGGAGGAGAAGAAGAAGAAGAGGAGGAGGUAGAGGAGGCGGCGGAGGGAUGGAUCCGGCCCCCAAGCGCUGUCUCUACGAGGUGCUUGGUCUCCCACGAACGUGCAACCAGGAGGAGAUAAGGGCCGCCUAUAAGCGUCUUGCCCUCCAGCUCCACCCGGACAAGCUCCGCCAUUCCUCCGACGAGUCAUCCGCCACCGCCGCCUUCCAGGAGCUCCGCCACGCCUACGAUGUCCUCUCCGAUCCCCGGGAGCGCUCUUGGUACGACUCGCACCGCCUUCAGAUCCUCUCCCCUCAGACCCCUUGCACCUACAGUGCUUCCUCGUCGGCCGUCGAUGUCCCGAACCUGUGGCCCUACUUCUCCAAUUCGGCCUUCUCCGGCUUCAGUGACACCGGAAAGGGGUUCUUCAAGGUGUACGGGGAUGUUUUCGGUAGGGUUUAUUCCAGCGAGGUGGCCUUCGCGAAGGAGGCUCAGGAAGCCGGGAAUAAGGUUUUGGUUAGGGAGGCGCCAUCCAUGGGGAAUUUGGAGAGCGAUUACUUCCAGGUCUCGGCCUUCUAUGAUUAUUGGUUGGGUUUCUCUACGGUUCUGGAUUUCUCCUGGGUCGAUGAGUACCGUCCAUCGGCAGCACCAAACCGGAAGCUCAGGCGGAUGGCAGAGGAUGAGAACAACAAGUUGAGGAGGAAGGCGAGGAGGGAGUACAACGAGAUGAUUCGAGGGUUGGCGGAAUUUGUUAAGAAGCGGGACAAAAGGGUGAUCGAGCGGAAGUUGCAGAAGGAUUUGGAGCAGCGGAAGAAAACGGAGGCAGAGAUUUUGCGUAAGAAGGAAAUGGAGAAGGCGAAAAGGGAGAAGGCGAUGUUGUACGAAGAGCCGGAAUGGGCGAAGGUCGCUGAGGAGAUGGAGGAGGUUGAUGACGCCUUUGAUCAACCGAGGAAAGAGGUUAAGGAGUUCUACUGUAUAGUUUGCAGCAAGAAGUUCAAAUCAGAUAAGCAGUGGAAGAACCACGAGCAGUCAAAGAAGCACCGAAUGAAAGUUGCAGAGAUUGGGGAGCCAUCUGAUGCUGUUGUGGAUGAAGGAAUUGAGGAUGGGCUAUGUGAAGAGUUCGAGGACGCAAUAAACAUUCAUGAGGAAAAGAGAGAUGAUGGGAAUGUGAGUGGCAAAAACGUCGGAGGCCUUGACCGUGAAGCAAGUGAUGAAUCGAGAAGCGUAACAUCAGACGUUGAAGGUCAUGGGGAAAAGGAUGGUACUGAGAGCACUGAUGAGGACGAGAUGAGCAUCUUGGAGGCUAUGGUGAAGGAGCAGAGAGCUAGACGAAAUAUGUCUUCACAUGAGGUCGAUGCAUCAUAUGCUGGAGAUCAGGAAUCCGAUUAUUUGAAUCUUCAAACUUCUCUGGUUUCCAAGAAAGACGUUGAAUAUGUUCAAAAGUCCGAAAAUGUCAGUAAUGCCAACGGAACUGCAGAUACUCAAACAACAUACACAAAUGGGCUUGAGGGGGAGGAAACUUCGGAGUAUGACAAUGGUGAUAAUGAUGAUUCUAUGCCCAAUUCGCGAGACAUACCCUCCGAUCCAGUCAGAGAUACGGAUGCCAUUUACGAUGACCGGAGAAAGAAAAGUUCCAAAAAACAUCCACCCGAAAGGAAACGGUUUGUGCAAAAUGAAGCAAAUGUCAUGCAAAAGGUUUCUUCCAAAGGCAGAAAACAGAAGGGAACAAAAGCGGCAAGUCAUUCGUGUGAAACAUGUGGCGAGGAUUUUGAUUCAAGGAACAAGCUUUUUGCGCAUUUGAGUAGCACUGGUCAUGCCAUGUUGAGAGCAAGAUAAAUAGGAUUGGCCUUAUGUGGAGCAUUCUUUGAGCCCAUUGCUUGUGUAAUGUGAGACCCAUUUCUUAUACUCAGAGCAUUCCUUUGAGCUCGUAGUUAGUCUGUCGCUGAGAUUUUGCUAUUGUAUCAGCUAGUGUUUUAUUUUUUUCUAAAGAAAAUUCUUUAUACAUCUCAGAUUGAGGUUGUACCACUUAGGGGUCUUCUUCUGUAAUGUGAAAACAAGUUGGUUAUUAUUAAUGAGUGCAAAGCAAAGUCGCUUUUUAGGUCGACUGCUUUUUUGACA